UGUCCUAGAGAAACUAUGUUUGUUGAGUCCAUCGAUGCUUCACGCUAUUCAAAGGAUGGGCAAAAACUCUUCGAACUACUUGAUAAGUUUGUGGAUGAUGUUGGAGAAGUUAAUGUAGUCCAAAUUAUCACAGAUAGUGCCUCAGCUAAUGUGUUGGCUGGUAAGUUUUUGGAGGCAAAGAGACCACACCUUUUUUGGACACCAUGUGCGGCUCACUACUUGGAUUUGAUACUGGAAGAUAUUUUCAAAUUGCCACAUAUGAAGAAGACAUUUGACAGGGCUAUUCGGGUACACGGUUAUAUUUAUAACCGUCCAGGUGUGUUGAAUAUGGUGAGGAUGUUUACACAGUUAAAGAAUUUGGUCAAGCCUGCAAAGACAAGAUUUGCAACAGCCUUUCUCACUCUAUCUAGGAUUCAUCAACAAAAAAACAACUUGAGAAAGAUGUUCACUUCGGAGGAAUGGACAAGCUCCAAAUGGGCAAAGGAGCCAAAGGGUAAACAAGCAACACAGAUUAUGUUGAUGCCAUCAUUUUGGAAUUUGGUUGUCUAUGCUCUUAAGGUCUCAGGUCCACUUGUGCAUGUGCUUAGGUUGGUUGAUUCUGAGAAAAAACCUGCCAUGGGAUACAUUAAUGAGGCUAUGGAUAGGGCUAAAGAAAGUAUUGCAAAGUCAUUUAAUGAAAAAGAAGAAAAAUACAAGAACAUCUUUGAAAUCAUUGACAAUAGGUGGAAUAUCCAAUUGCAUCAACCUCUUCACGCAGCUGGCCAUUUUUUGAAUCCAGAGUUCUUCUAUUCUAAUCCAAGUAUUGAGCAUGGUCCUGAAAUCAUGACAGGGUUGUAUAAGUGUGUGUCAAGGUUGGUUCGAGGCACUGACAUUCAAGAUAAAAUCACUCAAGAAAUGAGUAUUUAUACAAAAUCUGAAGGUCUCUUUGCGAUGCCACUAGCAACUAGGCAGAGAAUGACAAGGGCACCAGCUGAUUGGUGGUCUGCAUAUGGUUCUUCAGCCCCAAAUUUGCAAAAGUUUGCCAUAAAAGUUCUUAGCUUAACCUGUAGUGCAUCUGGUUGUGAAAGAAAUUGGAGUGUAUUUGAGCAUCUCCACAACAAAAAAAGAAAUAGGUUGGAACAACGUCUCAAUGAUUUGGUAUUUAUUAAGUACAAUAGACAAUUGAGACGUUGAUAUGAUAUGCGUGACACACUUGAUCCCAUCACUUUAACAAAUAUUGAUGAAAGCAAUGAGUGGUUGGUUGGGAGGAUGGAUGGAGAAGAGGAUGAAGACAACGAUAAUGUGUUUGAUGAUGAAAGUUUGACGUGGGGUGAUGUUGCUAGAGCUUCUGGUGUUCGGGAAAGAAAUAAGAGAACUAGAUCAACAAC